AUGGCCUUGAAGAACCACAGCACCGUCACUCAGUUUAUUUUCACUGGCCUGUCUGAUGAGCCCCACCUAGAGGCUCUGCUCUUUGUGCUCUUCCUGGUAAUUUACAUUCUGACCUUAACGGGGAAUCUAAUGAUGUUGUUUGUGGUCAGGACUGAUUCCCGUCUCCACACACCCAUGUACUUCUUCCUGAGUAAUCUGUCAUUCUUGGAUCUCUGCUUCUCCUCUGUCACUGUGCCCAAGCUGCUGGAAGACCUUCUGUCUGAGAAGAAAACCAUCUCAGUAGAAGGCUGCCUGGCUCAGGUCUUCUUUGUGUUUAUCACUGCAGGGACCGAAGCCUUUCUGCUCUCGAUGAUGGCCUAUGAUCGCUAUGCUGCCAUCUGCCACCCACUGCUCUAUGGUCAGAUGAUGAGCAACCAGCUCUGUGUGAGGCUUGUGUUGACCUCAUGGGGCCUGGCCUCUAUUAAUUCAACUGUCAUUGUGCUUUUGGCUGUUACUCUGGACUUCUGUGAGGCCCAAACUAUACACCAUUAUGUCUGUGAGCUUCCUUCUCUUUUCCCUCUGUCUUGCUCUGAUGUCUCAAUUCAUAUCAAUAUCUUGAUCUGUGUUACUGUACUGCAUGGGUUUGGAACCUCCCUCCCAAUCUUCAUCUCCUAUGCUCGUAUAAUCUCCACCAUUCUUGGCAUCAGCUCCACCACAGGCAGGAACAAAGCCUUCAACACCUGUUCCUCUCACCUCAUUGCAGUAUUUCUGUUCUUUGGUUCAGGUUUGGUUCGCUAUCUCAUGCCCACCUCUGGUUCUUCCCUUGAUUUGCUUGCCUCCCUGCAGUACAGUGUGAUCACUCCCAUGCUGAAUCCCCUCAUCUACAGUCUAAAGAACAAUGAUGUGAAGGCAGCUGUAAAAAGAACACUGGGAUACUAUUUGUAA